AUGAAUCUUCCCAAUGUCGUCCAAAUAACACCUGAAGUCCCGUCAGUUGCGGAGGGCGCUGUUAUUUUGGUUCAAGUGCUGUCUACAGAAGGCAAACGAACCUAUAUGGAAUCCACAACCGGAGAAAGCGAUGAUCUGGCAGAGGGAGAUAUCAUACCAGCAGUCCUAGGUAAACGUCGGAUGUUCAACGGGUUUAGUUGCGACAUCCCCAAGACACUGGCAGUGGGGGACCUCUUGUACUGGAGCAGUGCGAGCGGCGUGGUCGGCGAAAUUCGAGGCUCUGACAAGGCUUGGGGCAAACAACUGGCGGUGCGCGUCCUGGGCAGUGCCCAAGUUGCCGGCCAACACCUCAACAUCAAACAGGCGCAAUUUGUCCGCCGACUGCGACACUUGGAUACAAUCGCACCUGUAAUUUGCGUGGUGGGCACAGCUACCAACACUGGCAAGACUUCCACGUCGGCAAAAGUCAUUCAGCACUUCAAAUCGAAAGGGCUGAAGGUUGCGUGUGCGAAGCUGACCGGGAUGGCAUACCUCGAGGAACUGAAAAAGCUCUCAUCGACUGAUGCGGACCUUGUUUUGGGCUUUAUGGAUGCGGGCUUGCCGAGCACCUGUGGCGAGAAUGUAACGGAGAUUGUUGAAGUCGCAUUGGGGACAUUGCAUCACUUGAACCAGAUCCAGCCAGAUAUCAUUGUGGUGGAAUUUGGCGCAAGUUUCCUAGGGCCUUACAAUGCAGAAAGUGUUCUGUGCUCGCCCGAGUUUAAGAAGCAUAUUGCUUCCGUUAUUGUUUCGGCGAGUGACCCUGUUGCCGCAUGGGGGGCAAAACAACUCAUGGACCAGUGGGGAAUUGCUAUCACCGUUUUCACAGGACCUGUUGUGAACAGUAAGAGUUUUGAGGCGUAUGUGGAAGAAACCUUGGGUAUUCCUGCCGAGGAUAAUCGAGACACCAUCCCCAAAAUCAUGUCUUUGGUGGAAUCUAAGCUUGAAGAGUUCAAGCAAAAGCGAGCGAGCCCGGUCCUACAAGUUUAA